ACUUGUUAUAUUCACACUCUUUCCAUAAAUUGCCUAGAUCAUGUAUCAUUCGUCCACAGUGAAUUACGCAGUCACCCACCUUCCCAAAUAGCUUGUACUGAGGCGCGGUUCUCACUAACCUCAUCUUCUGUGUCAAGCAAACGCCUUGUUUCAGCCGUACAACUAUUUUGUACCUCCGCUACCGAAAUUGCCUAG